UCCUCUCCAGCCUUCAGCGGAGCCACAACUUUCUGGAGCAUGGACUGAACGAGCCCUGCUCGCCCGCUCUGCGCUCUGAGCUCCCGGGGCUACUGGGCUACUGGUCUUGGCUGUUCGCUCGGCCUUUCCCCUUCUCUUUCGCCGCCGCCGCCGGCUCCUGCUCGGACUCCCGCUCCUCCUCCCCAUCUCUCCACCCUCCCCUUCCCCUUUAGCCAACAUGCCUUCCUGCCCGUGGCCCUGGAAGGAGCUGCCUGUCUGAAGGAGAGGCGGAAUCACCAGCUCCAGCCCAGGGCUCGCCAGCUGCAUCUGGCCCCCGCUGCCGCCGCCGCCGCUGGUGCCCCAAGUUCGGAGGAGGCGAAUCUGUGCUCGCUCCCUCGCUCGCUCGUUCGCGCUCUCGGGUCUCUCUCCAAACCGGGCUUUGCUGCUCUAGGCCUGGGGCAACAAGCGGAACAGGAGCCGUGGGAGCUGCCGCCGCCGCCGCUGCUGCUCACUCUGUUGGUUGGCUGGCCGGCCAGCCGGCCGGCGGGCUACUCGAGCCCAUUCCCCAGGGUUAGCCCUCGGACCCUCCUGGACGCUCCGGGCCCCCAGGGCAUUUCCUCGGUCCAGCCCCCAUCUCCCCCCCCGACCCCCAGCGCCUUCCUCUGCCCGGGCUCUGCUACUUAGUUACUUUUCAUUUGGGGUGAUUGGCUGUUUCCUGGGGGGGUGGGGGGGAGAGGGGGAGUGGAGGAAAGACGAAGAGGAAAAGUGAAAAGAAGGGGAAAAAGGCAAAGGAAAGACUAGAAACUUAUUUAACAAGUUCAUCGCUGCUGCCUCCUCCCUUUCGAUGUGCGUUUUUGGACAUGCGGAGGCUUUUGGAACCGUGUUGGUGGAUCUUUUUCUUGAAAAUCACCAGCUCCGUGCUCCAUUAUGUCGUUUGUUUCCCGGCUUUGACAGAAGGCUAUGUUGGAGCUCUCCACGAAAACAGGCAUGGUAGCUCGGCACAAAUUCGACGGCGGAAAGCAUCCGGAGACCCUUACUGGGCAUAUUCGGGCACCUAUGGUCCUGAACACUGGGUUACGUCAAGUGUGAGUUGCGGUGGCCGUCACCAGUCGCCAAUAAAUAUUUUAGAUCAACAUGCCCGAGUUGGGGAUGAGUACCAGGAACUGCAGCUGGAUGGUUUUGAUAAUGAAUCCUCUAACAAAACAUGGAUGAAAAACACAGGGAAAACAGUGGCCAUUCUUCUGAAAGAUGACUAUUUUAUCAGCGGUGCAGGACUGCCAGGCAGAUUCAAAGCGGAAAAAGUCGAAUUCCACUGGGGCCACAGCAAUGGCUCUGCUGGAUCUGAGCACAGCAUCAAUGGUAGAAGAUUUCCUGUCGAGAUGCAGAUUUAUUUUUACAAUCCCGAUGACUUCGACAGCUUUCAGACAGCAAUUUCAGAAAACCGAAUUAUAGGAGCCGUGGCUGUCUUUUUUCAAGUCAGUCAGAGGGACAACCCAGCACUGGAUCCCAUUAUCCAUGGAUUGAAGGGUGUCGUCCAUCAUGAGAAGGAAACCUUUCUGGAUCCUUUUGUUCUUCGGGAUCUCCUGCCAGCAUCCCUAGGAAGCUAUUACCGCUAUACCGGUUCCUUGACCACCCCACCGUGUAGUGAAAUCGUUGAGUGGAUUGUUUUCCGGAGGCCUGUUCCCAUCUCUUACCAUCAGAUGGAGGCCUUCUAUUCCAUCUUUACUACGGAGCAGCAAGAUCAUGUCAAAUCUGUGGAAUAUCUGAGGAACAACUUCCGACCCCAGCAGAACCUGAAUGACAGGGUGGUGUCCAAGUCUGCUGUCAAAGAUGCCUGGAGUCACGACAUGACCGACUUGGAAAAUCCUCUGGGAACUGAAGCCUCCAAAGUUUGUAGCACUCCACCGGUCAACAUGAAAGUUCAUCCAGUAAAUCGGACAGCCUUACUGGUGACCUGGAGCCAGCCGGAGACCAUCUACCACCCUCCACUUAUGAAUUAUAUGAUCUCCUACAGCUGGACAAAAAACGAGGAUGAAAAGGAAAAGACAUUUACCAAGGAUAGCGACAAAGACUUGAAAGCCAUCAUUAGCCAUGUUUCACCCGAUAGCCUUUAUCUCUUCAGAGUUCAGGCUAUAUGCAGAAAUGACAUGCGCAGCGAUUUUAGCCAAACAAUGUUGUUUCAAGCCAAUACCACUCGAAUAUUCCAAGGGACCCGAAUUGUUAAAACUGGAGUGCCUACAGCGUCGCCUGCUUCUUCUGCCGACAUGGCCCCCAUCAGUUCUGGUUCUUCCACUUGGACAUCCUCCGGCAUCCCCUUCUCCUUUGUCUCAAUGGCCACCGGAAUGGGUCCGUCCUCGAGCGGAAGCCAAGCGACGGUGGCCUCGGUGGUGACCAGCACCCUGCUAGCCGGCCUCGGCUUCAGCGGCGGCGGCAUCUCCUCCUUCCCCAGCACCGUGUGGCCCACCCGCCUCCCGACAGCCGCUUCGGCCAGCAAGCAGUCGGCCAGACCAGUGGUGGCCACGACGGAGGCUCUGUCUUCUCCGGCGCCGGAAGGCGACUCGGCCCUGACCAAGGACGGCGAAGGCGCCGAGGAAGGAGAGAAGGACGAGAAGAGCGAGAGCGAGGACGGAGAGAGGGAGCACGAGGAGGAAGGAGAAAAGGAUGCCGAAAAGAAGGAGAAGAGCGGCGUGACGCACAGCACCGAGGUCCAGAACAGAACCGAGCCCACCCUCGUGCCGGCCUCUCCCAAUCGAACUGUAGAGGAGGACAGAAAUGAAACUAGAGCUGGCCCAGAGCCAGACCCCAGCGUCCUCCCUACAGAGCAGGGUGACGAGAGAAGGGAGACGGCCGCAGAGCCCAGCGCGGAGCCCGUCACCUCCACCCAAGUGCCCUCCACGGUCACGGGCGAGCAGGACGCCGGAAGCGCUCCGAAGAGACCGGAGACGCCGUCCAAAAAGCCGAGCUCCAGAGGUGACCGAUUUCCAGAUGAUAAGUUCAUCACUGUAAAUCCAGACAAGAACACCUCUAGCAUGGUGACCCGAGCUUCUGCUGGGAGAAUGGACUGGAUCAUCCCCCUGAUCGUGGUAUCUGCUCUGACCUUCGUGUGCCUCAUUCUUCUUAUUGCUGUGCUAGUAUACUGGAGAGGGUGUAACAAAAUAAAGUCCAAGGGCUCUCCCAGACGUUUCCGUGAAGUGCCUUCUUCUGGGGAGAGAGGAGAGAAGGGGAGCAGAAAGUGUUUCCAAACGGCUCAUUUUUAUGUGGAAGAUAGCAGCUCCCCCCGGGUGGUCCCUAAUGAAAGCAUUCCUAUCAUCCCUAUUCCAGGCAGAACCAGGUUGGUCACACAAUGUAACGCAAAGUAUGUUGAGUGUUUUAGCGCCCAAAAAGAAUGUAAUAAGGAGAAGAACAGAAACUCAUCCGUUGUGCCAGCUGAACGUGCUAGAGUGGGCCUUGCACCCUUGCCCGGAAUGAAAGGAACUGAUUACAUAAACGCAUCCUAUAUCAUGGGCUACCAUAGGAGCAACGAAUACAUCAUAACCCAGCACCCUCUGCCACACACCACGAAAGACUUCUGGCGGAUGAUUUGGGAUCACAACGCACAGAUCAUUGUCAUGUUGCCAGACAACCAGAGCCUGGCAGAAGAUGAGUUUGUGUAUUGGCCAAGUCGAGAAGAAUCUAUGAACUGUGAGGCCUUUACAGUGACCCUCAUUAGCAAAGACAGAUUGUGCCUCUCUAAUGAAGAGCAAAUCAUCAUCCAUGACUUUAUCCUCGAAGCCACACAGGAUGAUUACGUCCUAGAAGUCCGGCACUUUCAGUGUCCCAAGUGGCCCAAUCCAGAUGCCCCCAUAAGCAGUACUUUUGAACUUAUCAAUGUCAUCAAAGAAGAGGCCUUAACAAGGGACGGGCCCACCAUUGUUCAUGAUGAGUAUGGAGCGGUUUCAGCGGGAAUGCUGUGUGCUCUCACCACACUGUCCCAGCAGUUGGAGAAUGAAAAUGCUGUGGAUGUGUUCCAGGUAGCAAAGAUGAUCAAUCUCAUGAGGCCUGGAGUCUUCACAGAUAUUGAACAAUACCAGUUUGUCUACAAAGCAAUGCUCAGCCUGGUCAGCACUAAAGAAAAUGGAAAUGGUCCCAUGACUGUGGACAAAAAUGGCGCCGUUCUGAUCGCCGACGAAUCCGACCCUGCCGAGAGCAUGGAGUCUCUCGUGUAAUUGGAACCCUGAAAAGGCACUUGAUUUGUAGAAGGAAGGAAGACUGAGAGAACUUUUUUGAGGCCUUUUUUGCCAGACUCUAGGUUAUACAAUAACCCAGUUACUUUUUUACACUGAUAAAAAGUUUUGAUAUUUAUUUUUUGCCAUUUUAUGUCUUAAUGGUAUCCUACUGAGCAUUUGCACCUCUGUUUAUUUCACACAGUGAAACACAAUUUUAUCUAGUUUGCACUAUCUGAUCAGUGUUACUGCCUAUAAUAUCCAAAUACAAAAAGCGACCCCCGGUCUGACAUUCCGUGGCGACCUGAUGCUCCUUUUCGUUCCAUGCAGUGACGGUUUUUGUUGAUGCCAGUGAGCCUUGAGUUGUUGAUUUGUGAAUGCUGACGCAGCCCCAUCCUUCCUCCCGGACGGCGCCGUCCUCAUCCCCGGCCCCUCUCCCGGACUCUCCCAGUCACUUUGGUCGAUAUCGUAUGCCUUUCGUAGUUCAGUAGAGUGGAUGAACACUGUUGUUGUAUUGUUUCGUUUUGUUUUUCCAGACUUUAGCAGGGGAUGGGUAGCCAUGUAUAGGAACAAGGUGUCGUUGCCUCCAGGGCGAGAAACGAUGCUGCUGGGAGAACACGGAGGCUGCUUCGUAGGUCCAUCACUUACCGUUGGCCAAGUGUGGAAAAUCACACGGGACACGGGCAGCUGGUUAUGGACUCCCACUUCAGAAUUCACAGUUAUGUCCAAAUAAAGGCUAAUGUUGCUUUCUGGUUUUCACGACAGCCACGUGGAUCGAAAUGUUUGUUAUAGUCGUUACCUACGUGCAUCGUAACGAUCUGAAUCAGCAACACAGUAAAAUCAGGGCUGUCUUUAAAAAAAAAAAAUAGAGGUAGCAAAAUUUUACAUAAUCGCGCUAUCGAGUUCCUUUAAUUCCUUUCCAUUAAUGCUUCUUGACCAUGACAUCACCCCCAGUGGGUUGUUGUUGAAUGAUGAACAUUUCCUUAAUCUCACUUGUUGCCAUUUUUGCAGGUGUGUAAUUUUGAAACGAGUGCUCAAAAGUAAAGUACUGAUCCAUAUUCCUGGUGAAGCAAUCUAAUAAAAACUACCU